UUAGAAAAUCAUUAAUUUUAAUUAAUUAAUUUAUUAAUUGAAUAGCAAAGAAAGGAUCAAAGAAAAUAGCAAAUAGAAUUUCAUAAUAUAAAAAGGAAUAAUUUAUCUAUUCGAAUGUCUGUUUUAACAUUUAAGCAUUACAGCUUUUUGAGUAUCCUGCUAGCAGGAGGAGCUAUAAUAAAUUCUUAUACUAUUCAUGAGCAAUUCUAUCCUACAAUUAUUUAUCUGACAAAUCAGAAAUCUAAUAAAUUAAUCAUGCUCAAUUUUUUUUUUAUGUUGGGCUUAGCUUUUUUUAAGAUGAUAAUGUCAGUAUUCUUUGGAGAAAUCAGAGAGAUAGAAAAACUUAGUAUUUUAGAUAGUUUAAAGAGAAAGAUAUUUGAUAUUGUAUUCAUCAUAUUGAUUUACAAGGAAGAUAACUUCGAUUCCUCAUUUUACUCAUGGCUUAUUGUUUUAGGAUUUAUAUGGGUGAUCCAUUAAGCAGCAAUUAAAAGAUCAGAAUAUCUUAUAGCUGAGAGCAUAACAGAUGUAAAGAUGCACAUGAAGUUAACAGUAAUUUAUAUAGCACUGAUUUGUUUGGACUCUUGUGUUCUUAGAUAUAUGAUAAAAGCAUUCACAAAUACUUCUGUAGAUUCUUAUUUAAUUUUGUUUUUCUUAGAAUAUUUACUGAUAAGCUUGAAUAUCAUAUUUCCUGCAAUUAAAUACUUUACAAUAGCUUUUGAGAUGUUUACAUACUCUCAUUUCUAAAAUAAAAAUAACUUCUUCAUGGUAUUAGAAUUCGUUUUAACAGUUUGCAAAUUGUGUAUCUAGCUUUAUAUGAGAAUUAAAUACAUGCUUUUAUUCCCUUUUAUAGUCGACUUGAUUGAAAACCUUAUCCAGCUUUACAAUACAAUAGUUAAAUUCUUCUCAUCAGUUAAGUUAUUAAGGCUCUUAAACAAAUUACCUGAUGUUAACUUGGAGGAAAUAGAAGAAAUAGAUAACACCUGCUUGAUCUGCUUAUCAGAAAUUAAGCAUGGAAAAAAGAUUGGAUGUGGUCACUUUUUCCACAAAAACUGUUUAAAAGAGUUAAUUUAAGGAAAGUCAAAUCAACUUUGUCCUAAAUGCAGAAGCCCCAUCAAUAUUGAGCAAGCCAUUAAAGAUCAUCAAAAUGAAUCAAAAAAUUAAAAAAAGAAAAAUUCUGAAGCUAUUUUCAAAAUAAAUUUUAUUAAGAGCUAGAAAGAUUCAGGAGAAUAAAAAGACAGUAAAAAUUAAGAAUAAUAAACUGAGUCUAAGAGAUUUAAGUUUAUAGAAAAUGCAACCAUCUAAGAAAAAAUUAUUUUCACUCUAGAUGAUCUUAUUAAUAACAUUGGUAAUAUGAUUAAAUCUUAAAUCAACGAACCUAAGAUCAUUUAGAGAGUUAAAGGCUUAAUUUAAGAUAUCUUAAAACUUGAAGAAUUGAUUUAAACAAAUGAAUAAAAGAAAUUAAAAGUAGAACUUAAUCUGGAAAAUAUUUUUGAUUUUAGUUAAUUGCUUGCUAGCACAAACACUUCUUUGAAAAAAUGUGGUGCUAUUUCUUAUGGACUGCCGAAAAUAGCUAGCUACAACCGUACUUUUGCUGAUGAGUGUCUGAGAAAAAAGAUUGAAUUGAUGAAUUUAUUGCUUUUGAACUGCUAAAGAGAUAUGUUACUAUAAACAAUGUUCUUUGGGAUUACUAAGAAUUUGACUAACCUAAAACAAGACGAAAGUGAAAAUUAUUAAUAAGAACAAAAAGGUUCUCAUUAGACUAAUGAUGGUUUAUUUAAGACUUAAAGUUUGAACAAUAAUAAUAAUUCUUCGCUUGCUGGUGAAACAAAAAAAAUUACAAAAGAUAUUAGUUAGUUAAGUAAAAAUACAUCAGUUAUCGUUGAUGAAACAUCCAUUUUUUAGAAAAAUAAUUCGAAGAUAGAUCCUCAAGAAGAAGAAAGAGAGAGGAGAUUAGCUUGGAUAGAAAAAUUGUAAUCUCAAGUAUCUUAAUCAAACGAAUAGUAAUAAAAUUAGUAAUAAGAAUAAUAAUAGCAAUAAAACUAAAAUGAAAAUUAAUAAGAUGCUCUAGCCUCUAACUGAUAUAACAAAAAUAAAAUAAAUUAUAUUAUAUCUUUAAUUAAUUUAAGGAAUCUUUUUAAAUUUAAAUAAAGUUUAAUUUAAUAAAUAUUUUAUUGAUAGUAAGUAUCUCUAUUAAAUUAAACAUUUUAAAAUUAGUUAAUAUAGACUAAAAUAUUCUCACAUUUAAUCUUAUAUUUUUACAUAAGCUUAUCUAAUUUUACAACCUUUUCAUAGUUUUUAGAUUCUUGAAAUUAUCAAACAAUU